UGUUAAACAAAUAUAACACAAGUUUACAGUAAACAUCAGCAGCCAUAUAUCCAAUGCACCAGCUUGGUAAUAAGCUAUACCCGUAUAUUGACUCAAGUGCAAGGAUUUAUCAGUUUACUAUUGAAUAAGUAAAGAUUGGAGCACCCUAUGGACUUUAUUUACAGCAUUCAUACAAUACUCUACACACAAGGUGUUAGAGACCAUUUAUAUGGUUAAGUUAUUCAUAGUUACAUGCCAAGAUUAGUCUGCAGAAGUUACUGUACAGUAACAGAAAGAAGAUCAAUAUAUCAGAGAGAAAUACAGUACAUGUACUCUGUGGAUAUACCUCACUAUGGAUAACUUGAACAGAUGUUUGGCAGUGUUAAUCAUGGGAUUAACUUACAAAGUGUUCGAUGCUAGCGCUGCAAAGAUAUUACUCCUACCCAUAGACCAUCUUAACCAUGUUAACAUGCUAGCUGUUGCAGGACAAAAACUGGCAACUCAAGGUCAUGAGGUGACUAUAUUAUGUGCCCCAAGGACAGAGAAAAUACUCACGAAAUUUACAACAAUCGAAAAGUGGUUCUACAAUUUUCCUUCACAUUGGAAAAACAGUGACCUUGAUGAACGACUCCAGGCUACUGUGUUUAAUGGUACUAAUUGGGACUUGUAUAAAGUCAGUAAUGAUCUCAUGAAUGGAGCCAUGGGUGAUCAUGUUAAAUUGCUGGAAGACAAAGAGCUUGAAAAAAGAAUUGAUGAUUCAAAGUUUGACCUUGCUGUAUGUGAUGGGGCCAUGCUUAAUAGGAUCCUCCUUAUUCUACCAUACAGACAUGGUAUACCAUUCCUUCAACUGAGCCCUGUACCAGAACCUUGGAGAGCGGGAGUCCUUUCAUUACCAUCAGUAGAAUCUUUCCUCUUCCUGAAGGCAUCAGAUAAGAUGACAUUUUUUGAGCGUGUACUGAACACAAUAAUGACCGUGUGUUUUUACACCUUCACACCUCCAGUUUCAAAGUCACGUUUCCAUGAAUUAAUAACCAAACAUGUUCCAAAUAAGCCAGCUUUGACGCAGUCUGAACUAUAUCUGAAAUCUGAAAUGUGGUUAGUGAAUAUGGAGCAUCACAUAUUGGACUUUCCCCAUGUAUCACAUCCAGCCUACAGAAUAAUAGGUGGCGUUGGGGUAAAACCAGUCACGCCUCUGACAGGUGAUCUCGCGAAGUUUGUAGAUGGCGCUAAGGAUGGUGUUAUUCUGAUGACAUUUGGCUCUGGUGUACAUCACAUUCCUGAAGAUAUCAUGGAUAAAUUGAUGACUGGGUUUUCUCAGAUAAAACAACGAGUUGUAAUGAGGUCCAAAGGAGCCAAACUUUCGAAUAAACCAGAAAAUGUGAUGUUAAUGGAUUGGAUACCACAAAGUGAUGUCCUUGGGCAUCCCAAGACCAGAGUGUUUAUCACUCAUGGCGGCAAUAGUGGACAAUUAGAGGCUGUGGCUAGAUCAGUCCCUAUGCUUUAUGUACCCCUUGCAGGUGAUCAAAGGCACAAUGCAUACAAAGCAAUGGCCCGUGGUUAUGGCCUGAUGAUUGAUAUCAAUAAUUUUACUCCCAAUGAACUGGUGGACAACAUUAAUGAACUGAUUGACAAUAAAUCCUAUAAAGAAAACCUUCUAAAGGCUGCAGCCAUUUUGAAAGACCUCCCUAAUCCACAAGAUGAAAUGGCAUUUUGGGUGAACCAUGUGCUCAAGUUUGGAGGGUCGCAUCUUAAACCCAUUUCUUUGGAUAUGCCCUGGUAUCAAUGGUUAAUGCUAGACAUUCUUGUCUUUAUGAUUUUUAUAGCGUUCAUAUUUUAUCAAAUCAUCAAAAUUAGUUGUCGCCUCAUGUGUAGAUGCUGUUGUAAGGGAGGUAAACAAAAGAAUGAUUAAGUACUCUUCAUGACUUUAGAUUUACAGUUGUUAUAUUCCAGGGAUCCUGAAAAUAACUCAAUGAUAAAGUAUAUGUAAUUUAAUAUUUAAAUGUUCUUUAGUAAUUUUUGAUGCAGUAUUUUAAGCAUGGAACUCAUACAUCCAUAUAGACAAUGGGUCAUAAACUUGUGAAAAUAUUAUUAUUGUUUGAUGAAACAAAAUACUAAGAAUAAAUAGAUAUAACACAAUGCAAAAAUGCUACAAUAUUUUGCAAAAUAUUUCUUAAGGAUGUAAUACAAUUUUGUUAUUGCAGUAUUGCAGUACAUAUUUUAAUUCAAAGACUUAUCACAAGGAUUCAAGUUAAUACAAUCAUUUUAAUACAAAUUUACUACAAUUGGAUACAAUACAAUAGAAUUCAAUACAAUAUGAUAUGAUCUGAUAACAUAUAAUUUAACAUGAAUAAUAGAUAAAACACUGUAGAAUACAGUUUCAUACAAUAAGAAACAUUCUAAUUUGAUAUGUGACGUCACAAUAGAUAGAACUAUUGAUUUACUGGUCUAAAUUGGAGUAUGUAUGACCUGUAAAAUUCAUAAAUGCAAAUAGUUGUGUUUCUUGUCUAUUUAUCAUAUUAGAAUUAUAACAAAAAAGACCUUGAUUUUAUGAUUUAUGGCAAAUACAUGACCUCAAAUUUUAUUCUGGCCAUUGCCAAAGACCUCAAUCGCUAUGCGAUUUCGGUCUUUUAACAAUGAACAGAAUAAAACUUUUGGUCAUAUAUUGCUCCAAUAAAUCAUAAAAUUAAGGUCUUUAUUCCUUAGAUAUGAUGCAAUAUAAUACUGAAGUACUAUCAGUUAUCACACUUUUCAGCAUGUGAUACAGGAAAUAUUCCAAGAAAGGUAACACUGUAUCAUCAACGAAAGCAAAGCUUGAGUGGUGAUACAUUGUUACCCAAGUGGAAUAUUUUCUGUAUCACAUAAGCUGAAACAUGUGAUGACGAUUUUAUGUCUAGGAGUUUUUAAGCAUUUUAAUUUGGUCAGUUCUGAUUAUGUUCAACAUAAUAUCUGUAUUCCUAAUUUUGGUGCUAGUAUCUGUAUAAUACUUAUUUUACGUGUUUUGUGAUUUCGCUUUGGAAUAAUAUGACGUCACACUGUUGUCUCCAGCUACGAAGUUAUAUAACCAGUGAUGUCAUAUCGUUGCUAUUGACUCCGUAGUGAUACAAUCCACCGUAUCACAUGAAAAAUGAGUCACAUGCUAUAUGAUACGGAAUAUGCAUCAUCACAAUUGACCAAUCAAAAUGCUUAAAAACUCCUUACCAUGUGAUAAAAUGAAAUACAGUAUAAUUCAAUACAAUUUUUUUAUUAAGUAUUCCUAUCAUAGUAAAAUAAUAAAUCCCUGAAAGUGCGUAUUGUGUUUUAAUAAUUGUUAUCUAAUGUUUCAAUCACAUUGUCCCAUCUUACCAGUCAUUUAUUUUUUUCCGAUGGAGCAGUUUGCCUCACAGCCCAAAAAUAUCUCAAUUUUUCUUAUAUGUGUCCUUUAACUGAUAGGGUAAUGUCCUCACUGCACAAGUUGAGUGACUGCAUUUUGUCAUCAUUGAGGUAACUUAUAGAUAUUUGUAAUCCAUUUUUGUUUAAUUAGCGAAACAAAAAAUUAUUUAAUUGCAUUAUGUACGUAGAAAAUUGAGGAGAACGUAUUGGAUAAAAGUGUGCAAUACGUGCAAUACAUACGCAAUACAUGUUUUACGACAUCCAUUUGAUACAAAGUGACCCCUUUAGGAAAUACAUGUAUGCAUAACUUUAACUUUGUAUAUAAAAUUGAGAAACCUGUUGUAUGUACAUGAAUCAUUAAACCUCUGAUGGGUACAUUGCGUGAGUCAAAAAGGAGGAUGGGAGUAAAAUAAGGAACUGAAUAUGUUAUGAUUGAAAUAAGGAACUUUUUAUGAGUUAAAUAGGGAUUUUAAAGAAUGUUGAAUAGAAUUUGGAAAACUGUAACUUGUUCAGACUUGAAUAUAAGGAACUCAAUGUGUUAUAGCAUUAAAUCAUGAGCCUGUUACGAGUAAAAUGAAACUUGUCCAGACUUGAAUAAGGAACUCAAUGUGUUAUAGCAUUAAAUCAUGAGCCUUUUAUGAGUAAUAUAAAACUUGUCCAGACUUGAAUAAAGAACUCAAUGUGUUAUAGCAUUAAAUCAUGAGCCUUUUAUGAGUAAUAUAAAACUUGUCCAGACUUGAAUAAAGAACUCAAUGUGUUAUAGCAUUAAAUCAUGAGCCUUUUAUGAGUAAAAUGAAACUUGUCCAGACUUGAAUAAGGAACUCAAUGUGUUAUAGCAUUAAAUCAUGAGCCUUUUAUGAGUAAUAUAAAACUUGUUCUGACAUCAAUAACGAACUCAAGUUUACUCAAUGUGUUAGCAUUAAAUAAGGAACCUGUUAUUAAUAAAAACUAGCUUGAUUAAUGCAAAAUAAGGAAGUAUGAAUUUAGAAAUGAUGAUGAGAAAGCUGUUAAUUUACACAAAAAGCCAUUAAUUACAUCAUGGGCAUUCAAUCUCUAUUGAUGCCCAUGAAUACAUUAACACUUGGUAUUUUAAUUAUCUCGAGUAUAAAUUACCUUACAAGAUUUGAUAGCCAAUCUAAAGUUACUUUUUUUCUUUUUUUUUAAAUUUUUAUAUUUCCUUUAUUUCAUAAUACAUCAUACAAACAGAUACAGGGCCUACGCCGAAGCAUUAUUGGCCCUGUUAAGGUAGUUACAAUAUAGGUUAAAAUAGGUCACAAUGUAAAAAUGAUAGAUAUAAAACAUAUUUAUGAACAUGAAAAUAAUCGUGAAAACGUGAAGACAGGUCAGAGAUAUAUGUACAUAUUAAUGAAUAUUGGACUAUUUAACUUCCUUGACAAUGGAGUGUAAAAAUUCGGCUGUUAAUUCAAUAGCCUUUUUAUUUGUAAUUGUGUCAAGAGAAGAACCUGCAAAAAGUAGAAAGUCUACCCUGUCUUCCUGUUUUCUAUUAUUAAAAGAGUUUAAAUUAAAGGAUGGCAGUCCCCCUAGUUCUCUGUGAAAAUUGAGUCUUUGAAUGUUAAAAAGAGGGCAAUGGAGCAAUAGGUGUUUGGUUGAUUCAGUAGAGUGACCACAUUUACAUUUGGCAUUUGGAAUAUUUUUGAAGUUAUGUGUAAAAAGAUG